GCAACCAGUGUAGGACGAUCUUGGACGACCCUUGACCGAUGAUAGACGGUUCUCCCGGUGCACGAACAGUUUCCUAGAUUGCGAUGGGCUGAUGUUUCGUGUAGUCGUGUGUUCGCUACAGCUGCUCGUGAUGACUUUGUGUGAUACAAUACACUCGUGUUCGCCGACCAGAUUGCCUGGAGCUUCCGCGACGGAGUGUUGCUGUCUAUUGUCUGUAUCGUAUUGUAUUCCAGUUCGUGCGAUACGAAACCGCCUCCCGUCUGAACCUACUUCGCGACGACCGUUACAAUCGGUGACACCGCAUUCACGAGAUCAAAACCCGAACGGCCGUGUAUGCUACCCUUGAGAUAGCAAUGCUCGUACCUCGCGCCCGGCCGACGGGCUUGCUUCUGCCGCCGCUGCACCAGCAGCUGCGUAGACAGGUAAGCUGCCAGUCAGCACUGUAUGUA